GGGCACAACACGGACAGCUUUAGGGUCCUUGCACGGCCGAGGUCAGCCGUGUCUCCUCCACAAGCCGCAAUCGUCCUGCACCGGCCGGCCGGCGUCUUUGCACUCUGCACACCGUCAACAUUCGAAGGCGACCUUGACAACAGGAAAACGCUGUUCGAACAAUGGCUGUCCCUCCAGCAUAUGCAGACCUGGGAAAAUCCGCAAAGGACAUCUUCAGCAAGGGAUAUGGUUUUGGACUGGUCAAGCUCGAUGUCAAGACAAAGUCGUCAAGUGGAGUGGAGUUCAAAACGAGCGGCUCGUCCAACGUGGACACCAGCAAGGUGACGGGCACUCUGGAGACCAAGUACAAGUGGGCCGAGUACGGGCUGACCUUCACGGAGAAGUGGACCACCGAGAACACGCUCGGCACGGAAAUCUGCAUCGAGGAUCAGAUCACCAAAGGCCUGAAACUGAAUUUUGAGACGACGUUUUCCCCCAACACUGGUAAAAAGAGUGGCAAAAUCAAGACGGCCUACAAACGAGAGUACCUGCACGCAGGUGCGGACGUGGACCUGGACUUUGCCGGGCCCACCAUCCACGGCGCGGCCGUGGCGGGCUACGAAGGGUGGCUGGCCGGCUACCAGAUGAGCUUCGACACGGCCAAGUCCAGGAUGCUCCAGAGUAACUUUGCCGUUGGCUACAAGACGGGAGAUUUCCAGCUACACACCAACGUAAACAACGGUUGCGAAUUUGGGGGCUCCAUUUACCAGAAGGUGAACGAGCAGCUGGAGACGGCCGUCAAUCUGGCCUGGGCGGCGGGCAGCAACGGAACUCGCUUUGGGAUUGCUGCCAAAUACCAGCUGGACUCCAGUGCCUCCAUAUCGGCCAAGGUAAACAACGCCAGCCUGGUCGGGAUCGGAUACAGUCAGACCCUUCGGCCCGGUAUGAAACUCGUCCUGUCAGCGCUGGUGGAUGGGAAAAACAUCAACGCCGGCGGGCACAAACUGGGCCUGGGACUGGAGCUGGAGGCAUGAGGCUCCAUUUUGACAGAAUUUAUUUGACCCCCUCCGAGAAAUAAUGGAGGAAAAAAUAAUCCCCCUGCCCCCGAUUCUUUAAACACUACUGAAAUGUCACUUCCUAGUCGUCAAGUAAUGAAUUCAUAGUGGAGUUCCAGUCAUGAAAGACCAGCCAACCUAUUGGAAUUUAUUAGGAAACAACUCAAAACACCUUUAAAAAAACAACAACAACAACAACAAUCAUGUACCUGUUUGAGCAUCAAGUUUAAAAAAAAAAAAAAAAAAAAAAAUGGUGACCAAAAACGUUGGGAGCGAUUUGAGGCACCGACGUACAAGUUGGGAACGUUUGCUGGCCAUCGCAACGCCGAAAACUAAGCGGCGCCAUCUUCUCCGUUCACAUCCAAGCCGGUGCAAGUAGAAUGUACAUCACGAGUGUUAUUUUUGCACACCUUUAUCAAGUAAAGCUUUUCCUCCUUUCUUGUA